GGGGCUCCGCUGCGCGCGCCCUUCCCGGCCCGGCGCCGCCCGACCGCACCAUGCGCGCCGCGCCGCCGCCGGCGCCGCUCCUGCCGCUGCUGCUGCUCGCGCUCCUGGCCGCGCCCGCCGCCCGCGCCAGCAGAGCCGAGUCCGCCGCGGCGCCGCAGCCCAAACCCGAGCGCCAGCCGCGGCCGCCGCCCGGCCCGGAGCCCGGGAACGCCACCUGGACGGCGGGCGGCGGCAGCUCCAACAGCAGCGGCGACGCCCUGGUGACCCGCAUCUCCAGCCUGCUCCACGACCUGCCCACCCUGAAGGCGGCCGUGAUCGUGUCGUGCGCCUUCACCGCCCUCCUCAUCGCCUGCCUGCUGCUGCGCGUCUUCAGGUCGGGAAAGAGGUUGAAGAAGACCCGCAAGUAUGACAUCAUCACCACUCCAGCCGAGCGAGUGGAGAUGGCCCCGCUGAAUGAGGAGGAUGAUGAGGAUGAGGACUCCACAGUGUUUGACAUCAAAUACAGGUAAAACCUGUUUUCCAGUGUAUUGGCAUCCUGUGGAAGGUCUGUCAGCUGAAGCCUGGGGUGUGAAGGAUCUGGAAGCUAUCUCGUCCGAGGUGUUGAAACCAAAACAAAUGUUAUUUGUGAAACUCUGGCACAGUUGUGUGUGUCGAACGUCCGCUCAGAGUGUCACCACAGGAGAGUCACCUCGACCACCCUCUGGACGCCCCUUUAACAUGUCACCCUUUCUCCCUCCUCAAGAGGGCUUUGCCUUGCUAAGGGGCAAAGGGUGGAAACAUGUUGAUUUUAAAAAUAAUAAUUUAAAGCAACUAUUGACAAAAGUAAAAGAGAUCAGAAGUUAUCAAGAACUGAAAAAAAGCCCAAAAGAUAUUCAGCUGUAUAUUGAGAAUUUCUGACAUUCUGCUUUCUUGGAUCUGUGACGUUCUAGAUGUCUGACUGUUGGGUGGUCUUUUGGGCUUGGUCAAGUUCUGGUCUUUGGUUGGUGAUGGUUGUGUGAAAGUUCAAAGUGAAAGUGCUCAGAGCUGCUCAGCCCUUAGCAGAAGUAUACACAUGUUUGUGGCUCCUUCUCUCGCUCUCUCUUUUUUUUUUGCUGAGGAAGAUUGGCCCUGAGCUAACAUCUGUUGCCAAUCUUCCUCUUUUUGCUUGAGGAAGAUUGUCGCUGAGCUAACAUCUGUGCCAGUCUUCCUCUAUUUUGUGUAUGGGUCACGGCCAUAGCAUGGCUUAAAGAGCAGUGUAUAGGUCCUCGCCCCGGAUCCGAACCAUUGAACCCUGGGCCCCUGAAGCGGAGCACGUGAACUUAACUACUGUGCCACUGGGCCGGCCCCCUCCCCGCCUCUUUUUUUUUUAAGGGUUCAGCAGAAUCAGGCGUGGCUAGUUCACAAAGAAUUUUGAAUAUCAGGGAAAAACGUAUACCUGUGUGUGUGUGUGCAUGUGUGUGUGCGUGGACGAGUGUGUGCAUGUGUGUGUGUGUAUGUACAUCUGAAAUAAUUUCUCCUCUGAAGGGAAAAGAAAGCACGAGGCAGGCUUUGCUUAGUAACGUCCUUUGUGUGUUUCUCUGCCCUGUCACAGUUCUACGUUGUUGGUCUUAGAAAUGUAAUUUGAAACCAUCACUGUGGUAAUUUAAAUGGAUGGCAAUUUGGUUGGCUGUAACAGCACGCCGUCAGGAACUGUAUUUGAUGUUGGUCUAGGCCGGGCUGGACUAGAAGCCCACCUGGACGCAGGAGGUUACUGCAGGAGGCCCCUCCCACAGGGGUAGGAGAGGGGGUGGGCGGUGGCUGAUCUCAGAGCUUGUGUGCAGGACAUCUGGUGGCUCCCGGGAGCAGGGCCUUGGGCUGACUUCUCAGGUUGAUCGAGGCCUCAUUUUUCUGUUUCCCUGGGGUUUGCGGUUAUUUGCUGCAACUAAAAUGCUUCUGCUAAAGUCUACUAGCAGUGCCCUUGGGGUCCUGGGCCUGCUCUCUCUGGAAAGGUGUUUUGUUUUUUUUUAUUCCCUCUUUUCUUUUCUAGCAUUCUGCAGGGUUUGUGUGUUUGCCUGUUUACUGUCUGCUCCAUUGCUUUGAAUGAAAACCCUAGCCUUUCCCCACUCAGCCCUGGUUUCAGAUUCUUCAGUUUCCUGAGAAGGGGCUGCCCGUGCUGCAGGGUCCCCUGGUUCCCGAGGCCCCGCUGGCACGAGUGCUCUGCGGCCCUGGCCUGUUAGGAAGGCACGCUGGCCUCUGCAGGAAGGAGAGGAUGCUUGGCCAGACCACUCUGAGAAGAGCACAGUGUGGAGCGCACAUGUCGCCCCUCGCUCCCUUGAUUUCACUUACUUUAUUGACUUUCCUUCUCGGUUUCUCCGCCCUGGUUGUCGGAGGGGUGGCCUGCCUUAUCUCUCCCCUCCACAGCAUACUCGAGGGCCAGAGCGGUGGCUGAACGGACCGGCCACCCAGCAGCUGUGCACCCUCUGAACCUUUGAACUGGAACUGCCGCUGGCGCUUGCCUUUCUGAUGACCGCAGCUGGAUCAUCGACGGAAAUGCUGGAAUUUUCUGCCUUAUGCAUAAACACGAGGCUCCAGGGCUCCGGCUGCCAGGGGCUCACCGCUGGGCCUGGAAGAAGCGGCUGCCGACAACGACCUUCCAAAUUCCGGAGCUUCAGCACUACAGGCUCUUAAAUAAAAAACACUUUC